UCCGAAAUUUUUUCAGAUUCUUUUAUAUUAUCCAAACCUAUCGAAAUACUAUGAAUUAGCCAAAUGUUAACUUUCAGUUAGCAAUUCUGUUAGUAAUAUUCAUUUGGCAACAUGAUACUGACUUGAGAGAGACUCAACAUUCCAAAAUUUUAAUAUUUUAACUAAGAAAAAAGUUACAAAAUUAUUAAUGAUAACGUAAAAAUGACUAAUAUUAUGACUAAUAUUUUGAUGUAUUAUGAAAUAUUUGGAUAAUUAAUAAAAUUUUAAUAGAUUUGGAUAAUAUAAAAGAAUCAGAAAAAUAUUUGGAUAAAAAAAUAGACAUUGUCCUAAAACCAAUCUUCAUCCGAGUUUUUCCCCGCAGGAGAUUACGAGACGGCCUCCGGGGGCAAGAGGCACGAGGCGGCGGCUCGAGCGGUGGGGGAAGGAGUGUACCGGAUUCUUCGGCACAACCCGGAGAGCAAGAAGAAGAUGCACACCCAUCUGAUCUACAAGCUGGAGCUGCCGGCGGAGGGGAAGACGACGAAGAGCCACGAGCCGCCGCAGGAGGCGCUCCACAUCGAGCGGGAAGGGUCGUUCGUGAUCCAGAUCAAGAACCCGGAGUCCGGUUCCGGUGGUGGGUCGGGUUCCGGGUUCGGUGGGCUUAGGGAGAAGCGGAGGGCCCAGUUCCCGGCCCAUCUGCAGGGCGGGUUCGGGAACAGCAGGAGGUUUGGGCCCGCUGACCCGCCGGACUUGCUGAAUUAUGAAGGAUGCGAGUUUCUGAUGAUCGCGGCGGCGGACGAUGUGGAGGAGGAGCUGGGGUUGGAGCUGGAGGGGGAGACGGAGCGGUGCGAGGAUGAAGGGUCGUGUUCCGAUCUGGUGAAGGAGUUCGGUGACGUGGUGGCUCCGGCGCCGCUGCUGGAGGGCACUUGGGCUUGAUUUAAGCUUUCCUCGUGUGACCCGAAAGACUUAUCUAAUUGUGUGUGUGUGUAUAUGUUUUACGGUAGUCUGUACAUAGCGUAGUUCGUAGUUGUAAUGCCCUCCUCCCUCCAUGGAUGUUUAGGUGGAGGAUAACAGGAGCAGGAAGAAGGUAGCUGGUUAGGUGUCUGAUCUGUGUUGUUAUUAGUAGCGGUUUAGGGUGGGGAUCAGCAAAUUUUAAUUUGUCGGGAAAUCGCGGCCCCAUCCAUCCUCAGGUGCAAGACUUUCCGUAUAUCCUGUUAUGUUUGAUGGGUUCAAACUUCGAAACUACAUAUCCGUUUGUGUAAAGUGGAACUUCUGUUUAGAAAAUUAAGAGCAGGUUACUGAACAUCUUGCCGUCUUAGCUCAGCCGGUAGAGCGCGUGGCUUUUAACCACGUGGUCGUGGGUUCGAUUCCCACAGACGGCGUGUCUUCUUUUGAAAUAUUAUUUUUUGUGAAUACUUGAUUGAUUAUCUAUUUUGGUAAAUUAACUGCCCAACAUAUGCGAUGGAAAUUGGGUCUCUGAUCUCCAUUACUUAACCGUUUGCUUUGCUUUGCUAUGUCCAUUCCGGCGUAUACAUUCACUCCGCCGUGAUCGUGAGUCGUCGUAAGGAAGUGGAAUGAUCGGGCCAUUUUUGAAAAUUGUUGCUCGCGAGGAAUUGAAUUUAACACAGGAUGAAAGAUUCGGAUAAGCAUUCAUAUAAUCCUUUGGUUUGUGUGUUCCAUGAAAUGCAAUUCUCCGCUGUUGGGGUUGUGUAUAGUAAAGCAGAAGAUUGAAUCUUUUUGACGAUUUCAAUGCGAUCGAGGGUUAGUUAGGGUUAGGGCUGUUGAAGAAUCAAGCUCCGGACGAAGGAAUGAAUGAUAGGAAUCGAAAAUGGUGAUCUAAGAAGAGAAAGAAAGGAGUUUGGCUGGUUGAUUGAUUGGAACAGGAAAUGGGAGCAGUUUUAAGCGACGCAGCAAGCGCGGAGUUGGAGAUUUUCUUGGCAAUCUUGUUGCAGCUCCUCUCAAAUCUCUCUUUGGUGGAUCCUGCGAGUCAGUACACUCCCCUCCGUCCCUCGCCCUAUAUGUUGAUUCGAAGUGUUAGAAACAGUUUUUGAAGAGAUCAGUGCUAACAAAUGAGCGACUGUCCUUCCAAUUAGCAUCGUCGGAUCACUAAGACCGACUUUCGUACCUGCUCGAUGGAACGGUCUUGCAGGCUUUUUUAUGGACCUCAAUUCAUGGUUGUUAGUAUAGAAUAGUGGCAAUCUUUUUUUAUGGACCUCAAUUCAUUGACCUUGUUCUCUAUCCAACUUGUGGUGGACUAGAUAUGUACCUUUUGGCUGCACUUGAUAGAACCGUUGUAACUUUGUGCAUGUCAUUGUCUAGAUUCAGUUUGUGUUCAGAGGGCAAGUAAAACCUUUGUCAUUACGAAACAUACAACUCGAAUGUAUUCGUAAAAUUGUACUUGAACAGUUGAACUUAACUACUCUCUAUAACUUUCAAUUAACACGUAAGUAAUUU